AUGGCCUCCUCCUCACCACAAUCAUUGGCAGCGACUGCACAUUCAUUCAACAAGAUCCUCAAUCAACCCAGGUCAUCAAAAUCAAAACGAUCUGGUGAUGUGGAAGAAGGAACGAAGAAACUGCGGCGGAUGAUCCUGGUCGAGGGCAUACCUUCAGCGGUUGACCCUACUCUCCGUCCUCGGAUAUGGAAAAUUCUGUUGCGUGUCGAUGAUGUCUCAGCAGGCACAUUUUUAGAAUACGUUGCUCGUGGCCCUUGUGAGGUUCGGGAGAAAAUAAGGAACGAUACAUUUAGGACCCUGGCAACAGAUCGAGGUUUCAAGGAACGAGUACGGGAAGAUAUGCUUGUCCGUCUGUUGGACGCUUUUGUAUGGCGUAAUCAUGACCGGCAAGAAACUCAGCAACUGGGCUUUACGUACGUCCAAGGAAUGAAUGUACUGGCUGCGCCAUUUCUGUACACCAUGCCUUCAGAACUGGAAGCUUUCUUCUGCUUCGCCAAGUUCAUCGAGGAGUGCUGCCCACUAUACGUUCAACCCACACUAGAAGGAGUGCACCGUGGUCUUAAGCUACUCGACAGAUGUUUAAAGAUCGUAGACCCCGAGCUGUUUGGAUAUUUGCGAAUGAAAAACCUUUCGGCUGAAAUCUAUGCAUUUCCAUCUGUUCUGACACUUUGUGCAUGCACACCACCUCUUGACCAGGUGCUCCAACUAUGGGACUUCCUUCUUGCAUUUGGCGUCCAUCUCAACGUCCUGUGUGUCAUUGCCCAACUGCUUCUCAUGCGAGAUGAAGUAAUGGCAUCAUCAAGGUUACAUCAACAGUUUUGUAUCUGUGACCAUUAUACUUAUCUUCAUUCUAGCCCCAUGCGCUUACUGCGAACGUUCCCGCCCCUAGAAGCAGUUCCAGUCAUAGGCAUCGCUGUAACCCUUGUUCGCGAUCUCCCUGCAGAUCUGUAUGACGAACUCGUUCGACACCCGUACGAAAUCAAUCACAUGUAGCUUAUACCUUCCCACAGAGCGCCGUCCUCAAAGCCCGCGCAGGUUCUUUCAUCCAUACCUGUAUUGUAUUGUAGCAUACUAUUUCGAUAUCUGUGUUGUAUGUAAGUCCCUAGUUGUUCACCAGUCAGCCUCAAAUGAUAUUCAUGAAGGCGUGCUAUCUAUCGAAUACUUACUGACAAAAAUGAUUGUGUUGGUGAAAAAAAUGUU